AUGGUUUCACUUCUGUGGCUUGCCUUGGGCCUGUUCUCUGCCAAUGCUUCACCAAUACUAGAGCAGCGAGCAGAUAACACGGCAAUUGUGAACCUUGCAGCGUCCCGGGGGCCUUCAAAACAUGCUGCAUCUGGCUUUAUCUAUGGUAUUCCCGAUAAUAGUGGGCAAAUACCGUCCCACUACUGGACGGAUCUCGAUAUACGGAGUUGCCGCACUGGAGGGGCUCAACUUGGCGCUCCCAAUCGUGGUUGGGUAUGGGGAUUAGGAGAAUAUCGCGGCCGGUUUCUCUCAUCGCUCUCAAACUACCACGCCUGUCGUAAAUAUAAUGCCGAAGUAAGCUGGCUGGCACAUGAUAUCUGGGGAACCGACAAUACCAAUGCCAGCAGCGUUUGGCCUGGAGAUAACGGCAAAUGGGACGACUACGAAGAUUUUGUUCGCCAGCUGUUGAAUGAUCUCUAUACUAACAACGCCAUUGACGGCACAAUUUACGAGAUAUGGAAUGAGCCUGAUAUCAGCGUAUUUUGGAAGGGUAAGGGGGGUAUGCAGCAAUGGAUUGACCUGUAUGUCCGGACGCAUAAAAUCAUUCGUUCGGAUCCAAGGUUCAGCAACAUGAAGAUUGUUGGCCCUAGUUUGGCCCUUCGUCCAAAAGCGACAAAUGUCUGGUGGACGGAAUGGUUGCGCCAAGUGGCUGGCAACAACACGAUUCCUGACCAGUAUACGUAUCAUCUUGAAGGGAGCGAGACCGACACUGAUAAUGACCCGACUUUCACAAAUGCGAGUCUCUCAGCGCUUCUUAAGACUUACAAUGCUCCACAAAGGCAGAUAAAUGUCAACGAAUAUGCUCAAUACAAAGAGAUGGUCCCUGGGUCAUAUAUUUGGUGGAUUGCUGGACUGGAGCGCUUCGAUUUUAUUGGUUUACUAGGAAAUUGGCAGAGCGGAACAGUUUUGCACGAUCUUUUUGCCAAUCUUCUCACGAAGAAAGCCGAUCCGAAGAACUAUGCGGCUACAGACUACGCCCCAGCACCAGGCUACUGGGUCUAUCAUUAUUAUGCCACGAACAUGACUGGCAACCGAGCUACUGUCGAGAGAUCUGGUGACACGCAUCUAGAUGUAUAUGCCACCAUCGGAAAGGAUCGCGUGCGACUAAUUGUUGGUACAAAGCUUAGGAGCGGAACUUGGUAUGUUACUCUUAAUGGGUUAACAUCUGUGGGUAAACCAGCAUCUGGAUCCCUCUCUAUCAGUACAUGGGAAUUUGAUGGAAGCAACCCGCUUGCAGUCCAAGCAGCGCCUGUUUUUCGGAAUACUGUUGCGCACUCGUAUAGUGCCGGAUCUUUAACUUUUCCUAUAUAUCAAACUGACACUAUAGCGGGUUGGGCAUUUGAGUUUGAUCUUUAAUGGAGUAUUAAAUCGCAUUUGGAGAGUUCUACUCAAAAACAAAAAAGAACCCCCAAGAGAUACAGCGCUAAAAAUAAAU